AUCAUCACAUAGCCUCAUCAAGUGUGUUGUCACGGUCGUGAAAAUCCUGGGUCCUAGAAAUGCGGUCCUGAAACAGCAGCCUCCGGCUUGGUCGAAUACUGCUUUCCGGUCAUCCAAUUCACUAGGUGAAGUGGAGGACUUCCCCAAAAAUGCCAACAUUGCAACACACCACGUGGUUAAGGAACUCAUUUAGUUUGCACAAAACCUCUGACUUGUAUCUGUACAAGGAAUUUGAGUUGCACUUCAUGUGUGACCGAUUAGAGAAGAAUUGAGUCAUAACACCAUAGACUACAGCAACAAAUGGAAAUGCACAGAAAACCGGUAGCUGUCGUCAGUUUCAUUAAACUCCCUUUUUUGCUUACUGGUAACUUAAAUCAAGAGAAAGACAAGACACGACUAUUCAUUGGACAGGGUUAUUAAAGAUCAUGCGUGACCAUUAAUAAGAUAACAUGGCUGCUGACACCUGCUGGUUACAUUUGGCACCGUUGUUCCUGUGUCACUUCCUGGUCCUUCCUACAUUGUGUACAUGGAUGCCACGGCAGUUUCCAUGUGAUGUUGUGGUCAAUACAACCAAUACCACCAAUGAAAUAAUUUUUAACUGCGAGGAACGUCGAUUGAAGAAGAUACCUGUUGGAAUCACCAGGAAUGUUACUGUGCUGGACCUAUCAGAAAACAGCAUCAACAAUAUAUCUCUGGAAGCAUUUUCUAUGAUGGAGAACCUGACGCUUCUCAAUCUCAACUGGGUCAACAAAAAAUAUAAACCUCAUAUCGCACAAGAGGCCUUUAAACAUCUGACUAACCUGCAGGACUUAAGGCUUAAUGGCAAUGGCCUUGUUAAAGUUCCUCAAAAUCUCCCACAGAGCCUGGAGAAGCUCACGCUGGAAAAUAACAAGAUCAAUUUCUUGAAAAUGAGGAAACUCUCUGGUAUAAAACAUGUGAAGGAGCUCGACUUAUCCAAAAACUGCUUCUAUUGGAAUCCCUGUGGAAAUACGUUUUCUAUAGGAAAUGGUGUCUUCAAAACAUUAACUAACUUAACAGUUCUGUUGUUGGCCUUUAACAAUUUAACCAAAGUCCCAAAACAACUGCCAAGCUCUAUAGAAACAUUAGAUCUUCAAUCUAACAAAAUACAGCAGAUUGCUGAGGAUGACUUCCAUGGACUAACCAAUAUAAAAGUCCUUGAAUUACAGGGAAACUGUCCAAGAUGCUCCAAUGCUCCAUUUCCAUGUGUUCCCUGUUUUAACGGUUCUCUAGAUAUUCAUCCUCGUGCAUUCCUUUGCUUAACACAGUUAGAAACACUGCAGCUAGCAGGGAACUCACUCCGUUUCAUAAAAAACAUCUGGUUCGAGAGUUUAACCAAUCUUAAACAGCUGUACCUAUCUUAUAACUAUUUGUCUACUGCUAUCACUGAAGGAGAAUUCUUUUGCUAUUUACCAAAACUAGAGAUUAUAGAUUUUUCAUUUAAUUAUGAUGUGUUAAAAUACCCUGACACCCUAAUUCUUUCAAAUCAGUUUUCUAAAUUGUUAUCACUUAAAACACUGCAUAUAGCAGGUUAUGUUUUUAAAGAAAUCCAGCCAGAAACACUCAGCCCUCUUCAUAAUCUCAAAAAUCUUUCAGUGUUGAAUAUGGGAAUUAAUUUCAUUGUUCGCUCUAAUCCUAUGCUUUUUAGCAAAUUCUCAAACUUGAGACUAAUAUACCUAGCAGAAAACAGACUGUAUCCAACUACGGAAAUCAAUUACCCAAGAUUUGUCUCAGUAAAUAACUCAAAUUCAGUUUUGCAGAAGUCUCCUCUCAAUGUUUACAAAACAUUUUCUUUUGAGUUGAACCACGGUCUCGUAAAACCGGAGUGUUUUGACUCUGGUCGAGUGCUGGUACUUAGUUCAAAUAAUAUCUUCUUCAUCUCCCCAAAGCAGUUUGACGGCUACGGCGAUAUUGCAUGUCUUAACUUAUCAAGAAAUGGAUUUUCAUCAGCACUGAAUGGGACAGAGUUCACAACAUUACCAGACCUAAAAUAUCUGGAUCUGUCCUUUAACAAGAUAGACUUGGCCUAUGACUAUGCCUUCAAGGAGUUAAAGAAACUAGAAGUACUAGACCUAAGCUACAACAGCCACUAUUUUGAAUUGUCUGGUGUGACACACAAUUUGAAUUUUCUGAAGAAUCUACCAGCUUUAAAAGUACUGAAUAUGUCAAACAAUUACAUUUUUACAUUAACCACUAAGCAGAUGGUUAGCAAAUCUUUGAAUGAGCUUCAGUUUCAAAAAAACAAGUUGUCAACUUUAUGGAAAGAGAGGGAUGGCUCGUACAACAACCUUUUUAAAGAUCUGUCAAAUUUGACCUAUUUGGAUAUUUCAUUCAACCAAAUUGAUAAGAUCCCAGAAAGAGUAUAUGAAAACCUACCACAUACCCUUACAAUAUUAUGCAUCAGUAAUAAUUUGCUCACCAAUUUCUACUGGGAUAUACUCCCUAGAUUCCAACAUCUCAAUAUAUUGGAUCUAAGCUAUAAUUCUUUGAAACAUGUAUCAGCAAAUCUCUCGAACUUUACAAAUUCACUUCAGAUUCUUAACUUGAGCCACAAUCAUAUUUCUCAACUCUCUGAUGGAUUUCUGAGGGAUACUUACUCCCUUCAUACACUUGACCUCAGCCACAACCAACUGAAAAUCAUCAACCAGACAACCUUCCAAUGGGGCCCUAAAUACUACUUGAAAACCUUGUCCUUGCUAGGUAAUCCAUUCCAGUGUACAUGUGAUGUAAUAGAAUUUAUCCUAUGGAUUGAGAAAAACAACGACAUUACGAUCCCCAGACUGGCUACUGAGGUGAACUGUAACAUGCCAGCCAAUAGGAAAGGCCAACCAGUGAUACUAUUUGACAUUGAGGAAUGCAUUAAUGACAAAAUAUCCUUCAUGAUUUAUUCCCUCUACACUUCCUUGAUAAUGGUCACCAUGGUCAUCGGUAUGGCAACACAUUUGUUUUACUGGGAUGUCUCCUAUAUUCUCUACUACCUGAGGGCGAAGCUAAAGGGCUACCAUUCCCUGCAGUCAACAACCAAAGACAAUCUCUAUGAUGCCUUCAUAACCUACGAUACUGGAGACCAGUUGGUGUCAGACUGGGUGUUGAACCACCUGCGUUUCCAGCUGGAAGAGAGGGGUGAGAGACAUCUUCCUCUCUGCCUGGAAGAGCGAGACUGGCCCCCUGGUGUCCCCCUGAUAGAAAACCUCUCCCAGAGCAUCAGACAGAGCCGUAAGACUGUGUUUGUGCUGACCGAGGCCUACGUCAGGUCUGGGAACUUCAGGAUGGCUGUGUUCCUGGCUCACCAGAGGCUGCUGGAUGAGAACAUGGACGUGAUCGUCUUGGUUCUCCUGGAGCCAGUGCUGCAGCACUCCUACUUCCUCCGUCUGCGGCGGCGUCUCUGUGGGAGGAGUGUCCUGGAGUGGCCCCGGACUGCAGCUGCAGAGCCCUGGUUCUGGCAGCACCUGAGGAACGCUGUCAGGGUGGACAACCAGGGGAUGUACAACAAGAUCUACUCCAGGUACUUCAGCAACACGUAGAGAAGAGACCAGGCCAGAGACUUCAGAUGAAACCAGUUUUCUCACAUGAAUGGACAAAUAAAGUUGUAACACACAUCAGGCCCUUUCAGUAGGAUUGACUAUAUCAGUUGGUCUAACUGUAAUAUUACUGUAUUUGAAACCCACAGUAUGUAACUCAUUGGGCUAUCCAUUGCUAUUAAGCUAAGAACGAUGGCCAAUUGUUAUGUUUGGGCAUCCUUUUUUUUGUUGUAUGCUUUCUACGGGCAGAUAUUUUUUCCAUUUGAUAUACAGUACACUCCACCUAAUCAUUUUUUUUAAUGUUCUAAACAAUUCAAUCUAGUAAUUAUGUGAUUACACAGUUUAUACAAUGUAUUUUAAUUUUGUGAUGUCCAAUUUGCAAUCCUGGUCUAGCCUCAUUGCAGCAACUCCACAACAGAAUCUGAAGAGUUCAAGGUUGAAUCAGGCAAUACAUUUUGUUCCGUUUGAAAUGUCAUUUCAAAACACACAAUAAUUGUAUAUUGACAUUGGUUUUAUGUAGGGGAAUAUUUCAAAGAAGGAAAAAAACAAAGAUGUUUUAUGUACUGGUAUUCAACCCCUGUGUAGUGGAUGCUCCCAAUUUACACUGUUGAGCCAAAAAAAAUCAGCUGCCUGCCUAAUAUGCUGUUGGUCCUCUGCUUGCCACCAAACCAGUGCUGAUCUGCCGAGGCAUUGCCUCUACAAGAUCCCUGAAGGUGUCCUGUGGUAUCUGGCACAAAAACAUUAGCAGCAGAUCCUUCAAGUCCUGUAAGUU